AUUAUCCAUUGUUGCUUUUGUCUCUUUGAAGCAACGUAUAGUGCAGCAGCAGCACGCAGCAGAAAGCCAGCAGCGGUUGGAGUUGGAGGGGUUGGAGCAGGAGCACUAAGCAGCGAACGGAUAAUGAGCAGCAGCAGCAGCCUCACCUCCGGCAUCUCUGCCUCACCAUCGGCAGCGGCCAGCACUGCUCGCCACCGCCAUGACGGAGCGCCGCAGCAGCUGAGGGUGAAGGCGGCGGUGCGGCCACAGCAGCAGCAACAGCUGCUGCACGGUGGCCGCCGGCAUACAAGGGGCAGCGCGGUGGUGGUGAGGGCCGGUCCUGGGCCGCUGUCGGAGAUCGAGCCGGACCUGGAGGAGGACGCCAUCGACGUGUAUCGCACCAACGGCAUCGCCCCGGAGGACUUCGUGUUCGGAAAGUACGAUGGACAUCACACCUAUUUCGAAACCCAAGACAAGAAGGGCUUCUGGGAGGAUGUCUCCGAGUGGUACCAAGAAGCUGAGCCUCCUCAGGGCUUUCAAGCAUUCAUCUCCUGGGCAUUUCCUCCUGCAAUCAUCUUUGGCAUGGCUUUCAAUGUGCCGGGGGAGUACCUGUACAUCGGGGCAGCUGUCUUCAUCGUGGUGUUCUGCAUCUUCGAGAUGCGCAAGCCGGACAAGCCGCACAACUUCGAGCCGGAGAUCUACAUGAUGGAGAGGACGGCUCGCGACAAGCUCAUCGCCGACUACAACUCCAUGGACAUCUGGGACUUCAACGAGAAGUACGGCGAGCUCUGGGACUUCACCGUUAACCCCAGGGACGACAUCGUCAAAUCAACCUAGAUAUAUAUGACUCUGUCUUCAGAUUGUUCUCUCAGCAAAAGCCUGUCAGGGAAAAGAAACCGUAGCUGCUAGGAAAUGCUCUUGAUGAACUAAAUAAAGGAAUAACAACAACAAUGUGAGCCUCAAGUUCUCAGCAGUCAUCCCUGUAAAGGAAAACUGGAGAGCCUGAAAUCUUUGUAGCCAUAUAUGAUGCAUGCAUGUCAGGCUUCUCAUAGAACAUGUUCUGUUCUGCACAACAGCGAGCAUGCUGUUGCUCCAACUUCCUGCAUGUUUUUUUUUU